AAAAAAAAAAAAAAAAUUAUAGAUUUCUAUACUCGCAUUUUACUCCAUCUUCCUGACAUUCUUCAACUUCUAAGCUAUUUUUGAAUAUCCGAAUGAUUACCAUAAUAAAUACAUAUACAUACACAUAACUAUUAUUACUGAUAUACAAGUAAUAAUACCUCUUUUUUUCCUUCCCUUCCCUUUCCUUUCCUUUCUUUUCUUCUUUCUUUCUUUCUUUUUUUACUAUCUCUUCAAAGGGAAAACGAAACUAGCUUGGCCCAAAAAAAAAAAAAAAAAAUGAAAAAUAUAAUCUUUGCAGUACAAAACUUAAUUUUAACAACAGUUAUAAACAAAGAAAAAUCAUCUAGUUUGUUUCAAAAAAGAUCAACGUCAGGGGGUUCAACGUUUGCUACACAUACAGAACAUACACCUAUAUUUAAUACAAUACAUAUCAUCGUUGCUGUUAUUGGUAUUGUAGUGGCAAUAGCGGUUGCAAUCAUUAUAUUUAUACUAUAUAAACGAAGAAGAAAACAAUCUUAUUUAAAAAGAGAUGUUGAGAAUAAUAGAAUGACGGAAUCUACAGACAUCUCUAUACAACAAACAAUCAUUAACCGAUUUGCCAGUGAUUUUGAUAAUCACGUUGAAGCACCUAAACCAGUAGUAACACAUGUAGAAGAUGUGAGUCCAUUAAUGCAACAAUAUCAAUUACAACUAAAAUUAUUACAACAAGAAAGAGAAAAACAACAGCAUUCGAAUUUAAAGCCAAUUCAACAUCAUACUUCUUCUUCUUCUUCAAGUAAAACUUCAUCUCCGACUUCUUUAUUACCUCCACCACCCUAUCAGCCUUAAUAGUCUUGAAAGAAAGAAAGAAAGAAAAAAAAAAAAAAAAAA